UAAUUUUUGUCAUUAAUACAUAUUAAAUGUGAUAUUCUAUUGAAUUAUUACUUUUUAUUGGUAAUAGUAAAAAUACAGCUUAAUCAUGGAUCAAGAAAAUAGAGUAGUGACUUUAAUUGAUAUGGAUUGUUUUUACUGCCAAGUUGAAGAAAAGCUUAAUCCUGAAUUAAAAGGGAAACCCGUAGCUGUUGUACAAUACAAUCCUUGGAAAGGGGGCGGGAUUAUUGCAGUUAAUUAUGUAGCAAGAGCUAUGGGUGUAAGUCGACAUUUGAGAGGGGAUGAAGCUAAGGAGAAGUGCCCAGAUAUCCAGUUGCCCAAUGUCCCAUGUAUAAGAGGCAAAGCUGAUCUUACGAAAUAUAGGGAAGCUGGUAAGGAAGUGGCCAAAGUCCUGCAGAGAUUCACACCACUGUUUGAAAGAGCAUCCAUUGAUGAAGCAUACUUGGACAUCACAAUUCCUGUACAACAAAGAAUGCAAACAUUGAAUGUAAACACAUUGAAAAAGGAUAUGGCACCCAACACAUUUGUACUUGGAUAUGACAGUAUAGAAGACUUCAUAGCAGAGGUACAGGGCUGUAGCAGUGAUAACAUUGACUUUGACUAUGAACAAGCAAAGCAGCUGUUAGUGGGGGCUACUAUUGUGAGCGAGAUUAGAGCUGCUGUAUUUAAUGAAACUGGUUAUGAAUGUUCAGCCGGGAUUGCGCACAACAAGAUAAUGGCCAAACUCGUUUGUGGUAUGAAUAAACCAAACAAACAAACUGUUUUGCCCAAACAUUGCAUUGAUGUUCUGUUUGAGUCAUUACCUGUAAAGAAAGUAAAAAAUUUAGGCGGUAAAUUUGGAUACAGUGUUUGUGGUACUUUAAAAAUCAGCAAAAUGGGCGAACUACAAAAAUUCAGUAAAACAGAACUUCAGAACAAGUUUGAUGAGAAAAAUGGUUUGUGGCUGUACAACAUUGCGCGUGGUAUUGACCUAGAACCUGUCCAGGCCAGAUUCAACCCUAAAAGUAUUGGCUGUUGCAAGCAGUUUCGAGGCAAAACUGCCCUUACAGACUUAGAGAGCAUCAAGAAAUGGUUGAAAGAACUCAGUGAUGAGAUAGAAGAACGACUGGAGCAAGAUGCAUUGGACACAAAUAGAACCCCGCGGCAGAUGGUCGUGAGUUUUUCGCAGCAAGUUAAUGGGCGUGACAUCAGCAGUUCACGGUCUUACAAUUUUUUGGCAGAUGAUGAUCUGUGUGCAGAACUUUUUUGUCAUAAAGGUCUUGAGUUACUGUUGGAUAGCACAGAAGGAGUCAAACCUAAAGAAGGAGAACCAAAUAGACAGUUAAAAGCGCCAAUAAAAUUUCUGGGUAUAAGCGUAGGGAAGUUUGAAGAUCACUCAGAUAGUAAGAAAAUAAAAAAGAUUAAGGACUACUUUUCCUUUGCAUCUUCAAUAAAAGAGGUUCCAAUUGAAAAUAAAGAAACAAAACCUGUGAAAAAUGUAGAAGAAAAGAUUGUUAAGAAAAAUGAAGGCAAAGAACACAUUUUCCAAAAAUUCUUUAACAGCAAUUUAGUAAGCACUUCUGCAAAUGCAACGAUAGAUACAAAUGAUAGUGUAAGCAUUGAACAAAAGGAUGAGAAUGUUUUACAAUCCUCUCUAGAUAAGCAAGAAUCAUUCUUUGCUAAGUUUCUUAAAAGUGAACAUAACAAUGAUUCCUCAGGAAAAGCUAGUAGAAUAGAAGAAAUCAGACCUCCUUCACCUAGUUGUAAUGUUAUAAAUUGUGGAGAAGCCAGUAACGACACUGAAUACUCUGAAUCAACUCUAGAUAUGGAGAUAAAUAAAAGUAUAUCCUUAUUUGAAGAUGACCCUUCAGACAUAGACCGUGUUAGCAGUAUGCGACAAUUACUUAAUAAAUCUAAUCUUAUAGAAGAAACCUCAAAUGAUACAAGAGAUAAUAAUGUAGAUAACAAAAACAGCGAAAGUACAAAUUUAGAAUCAUUCAAAUGUCCAGAUUGUGGUAAAAUUAUCGAUAUUAAUAUGAUUGAUAUUCAUGCUGAUUACCAUCUAGCUCUUAAACUAAGAGAAGAAGAAAGAGAGUUUAGACGAAAAGAAGUAUCAGAGAAAAAUAAAGAUAAGAAAGUAGUUUCAGAUAAAAAUAAUGUAAAAGAAAUGACUCCCAUUCGAGAUACAAGUAAAAUAAAGCCAGUACCAGAACAAGCAAGAAAGAAUGAAGGUGCGUCAAUAGCCAGUUAUUUUAUGAAAAUUGAUAAUAAUGUACCAACUGAGACUUGCACUGAAUGUGGUAAAAAAUUUCCGAUGGAUAAAUUUGGAGAACAUUUAGAUUUCCAUGCAGCUCAAAAACUGAGUAGAGAACUAAACAAUAACAUAGUUAAAAGCAAUAAUGUUGAGAAUAGUGUUAAGAGAAAAAGGAAUUCGGGGUCGCCAGUGAAAAAGUCUAAAGUACCAUGUAAAUCUAUUGAUCUCUUUUUUAGGUAGCAAGAUACGAAAUAUUCAGCAUGUGUAUUGUAUAGCAUUUAUAUUUUUUUAAAUAUCUAUUGUAAAUAAUUUUUUAAGUUGUUUUAA